GCCAUGCAGCUGCCACCCUUCGACAUGUGGAAGGACUACUUCAACCUGAGCCAGGUGGUGUUGGCACUGAUCCAGAGUCGGGGGCAAGGGCCGGAGGCCCAAGGGACCGGGGAGCCGAGACCUGGGCCCCAGCUGGAGCAGGAUCAGGGGCAGGGAGGGCAGGGGGCCAGCGGGGGCCCGGCCACCCUGUGCAACUUUUGCAAACACAAUGGGGAGUCUCGCAACGUGUACUCCUCACACCAGCUGAAGACACCAGAGGGCGUGGUGAUGUGUCCCAUCCUGCGGCACUAUGUGUGUCCCCUGUGCGGAGCCACGGGGGACGAGGCCCACACGCUCAAGUACUGCCCGCUAAACGGAGGCCAGCAGUCUCUCUACCGCCGCAGCGGGCGCAACUCGGCCGGCCGCAAAGUCAAGCGCUGA